GACACCACUGCAUGUAUAGAUCGAGGUGACAGAAAAACAAGCUGCCCAUAUGCAUCAUUUCAUUCAUGCUAUGAAGGUUUUGUUUUCUGAAAAACUAAAGCAACUUUGCAGAAGACUUGAGACUAUUGUCAAUCUUCACAAGCUCUGGGCCUAAAACUAUCAUCUGCCUUCUCUUAGCAGGUACCGAUAUGGACAAACUGUGGAAGCUAGCUAUCAAUAAAAACCAUACUGAACUUCUAGAAAACCUGGAAGUUUUACGAGUGAUUCCCCAUUUGUAUCAAAACAAUAUCCUUGAUGAUGAUGAUGAAGAUGACAUAGUUUCUACCAAUGGAAGAGAGGCUAAGUGUGAGGUUCUUUUUGGUUAUAUACUGAGGAAGGACCCCGCCUUGGAUCCCUUUGGACAUUUCAUCCGUGCCCUCCAGUGUACAAACCAGAAUCAUUUGGCUGACAGACUGACCAAUUCAUACACAUGGUUAGAACAAGAAGGCUAUGGAAAUAUGGAUAUUCCAGAAAACAUUCUUAAUGACCCUUGCGUGAAGAAAGCACAAGAAAGUUGUAAGCCACAACUGGGCUACCUAAAAUCAAGACAUCAGAGCUCAGAUAGACAGUUUGCUGUUGUAUGUGGUACCGAUAUGGACAAACUGUGGAAGCUAGCUAUCAAUAAAAACCAUACUGAACUUCUAGAAAACCUGGAAGUUUUACGAGUGAUUCCCCAUUUGUAUCAAAACAAUAUCCUUGAUGAUGAUGAUGAAGAUGACAUAGUUUCUACCAAUGGAAGAGAGGCUAAGUGUGAGGUUCUUUUUGGUUAUAUACUGAGGAAGGACCCCGCCUUGGAUCCCUUUGGACAUUUCAUCCGUGCCCUCCAGUGUACAAACCAGAAUCAUUUGGCUGACAGACUGACCAAUUCAUACACAUGGUUAGAACAAGUGAAGAAAGCACAAGAAAGUUGUAAGCCACAACUGGGCUACCUAAAUUCAAGACAUCAGAGCUCAGAUAGACAGUUUGCUGUUGUAUGUGAAAAUGACAUGGAACUUCUACGGAGACAAGCCAUCAAAAAAAAUUACAAGCUUCUGCUGCGUGACAUGAAUGCAAAUGAACUCCUGUCAGACCUGUACCGAAACAAUGUCAUCAACCACAACCAAAUGGUAAUAAUCAAGGCUAAACACAGCCGCCCUGACCAAUGUGAGUGUUUGAUUGGAUAUAUCCUUAGAGCAAACCCAGAGUUAGAACCCUUACGACAUUUUGUCAGUGCACUAAGAGAAAUAAAACAGGAUCAUUUAGCCAACAGUAUAGAAAGUACAUAUUAAUCAUUACAACAAGACUCAAGUGAAGCCACCACUGUUCCUUCACAAGAUGUGACAGACACACCCAGCCCUGCUCAGUGUGUAAUAUACCAGUCAUUACCACAGGACUUAAGUGAAGUCACCAACACUGUUCCUUCACAAGAUGUGACAGACACACCCAGCCCUGCUCAGUGACAGAACCAUCAUUAUUCCUCCAACUGAUGAAGAAGGGACAGAAAGACCUGCUGAUCGAGUAUUGAUGCAGCUCUUUCACUUAAUUCAUAGUCCUGUACGCAUAUGACCAUAUGAUUGAACCUCUGGUUUCUGGCUCCAACUCAGAGCAUUUAGUUUAUCUCCUUCAUUUGGUAGCUAGGGUACAACUUAGCUCAUAUUUAUGUUCUCUUUGUAAUAAAGCCACCAGCAGAACCCUUCAUAUUAUACAUUACCAUUACUUUGUUGGUAAGUACUCGCAGAACAUCAACACAUACCCAUGGACAAAUUCCAGAUACCAUAACACUAAAGGUUUGUUUUUUUUUAUUUACUCAGUAUUAUUUUACUAGCACUAGCACUUGCGAUAUGUAAUCCUGUGGCCACUUUUUCUCAAGUACUAAAAGAUAUUUCUUUGACAUCUUUAUCAUCAACAUUUUUGCUCCAUAUACUACUUUUCAUGACCAGUUUACCUCUGACCCUCUUCCCAAAAUUUUCUUUAUCCAUAAUGAACAUAUGUUCUCUGGUAUGUGUGCCAUGGGUGUUGAAUA